AUGUCAGAUGAUAAACGGCUGAAGGAGUUCCAGGAGCAAAAUAAGAUUGUGUUUGACCACAGCACGAGAUCGGUGUGGGAAAACCAGGAUAAAGACUCUAGCAUGGGCCAUCUGAUGGGGGGUUCCGUGGUGCAGAGUGAAAGUAAGGACAGUAUGGACGCAGACCACGGGACGACUUCUGGUAUUGUACCGACGCUGCAGAACAUUGUUGCGACGGUGAACCUGGACUGCCGGCUGGACUUGAAGACUGUAGCGCUGCACGCGCGCAAUGCGGAGUACAACCCGAAGCGGUUUGCAGCGGUGAUUAUGCGUAUCCGGGAGCCGAAGACGACGGCGCUGAUAUUUGCGUCCGGCAAGAUGGUGGUUACGGGUGCAAAGAGCGAGGACGACUCGAAGCUGGCGAGCCGCAAGUACGCGCGGAUCAUCCAGAAGAUCGGGUUCAGUGCCAAGUUUACAGACUUCAAGAUUCAGAAUAUUGUGGGGUCCUGUGACGUGAAGUUCCCCAUCCGACUGGAGGGCCUGGCGUUCAGCCACGGCACUUUCUCGUCCUACGAGCCGGAAUUGUUUCCGGGUCUGAUUUAUAGAAUGGUGAAGCCGAAGAUUGUGCUGCUGAUCUUUGUAUCGGGAAAGAUUGUGCUGACAGGCGCCAAGCAGCGCGAGGAGAUAUACCAGGCAUUUGAGGCCAUCUACCCGGUGCUGAGCGAGUUUCGGAAAUUAUGA